AUGAGGGCGCAACAGUUAAUGGGUCAACUUCCCAGAGAAAGAGUCACCCCAUCUUGUCCAUUUUUAAAUACUGGUGUUGAUUAUGCCGGGCCACUGUCUAUUAAAACCUGGAAAGGAAAGAAUUCUAGAACCUAUAAAGCAUAUGUUGCACUCUUUGUCUGUUUGUCAACAUCCGCGACUCACAUCGAAUUAGUUACUGAUUACACCGCGGAAGCCUUCAUUGCGGCCUAUAAAAGAUUUACGGGACGAAGAGGUAUUUGUACUACGCUUUGGAACAACUGUGGCACCAAUUUCAAGGGCGCUAACCUUACCUUACAACGACUAUUCUCUGCUGCUACCUCAGAAUCACAGCACCUUGCUACCUUAUUGGCCAACGAUGGCACACAAUGGAGGUUCAAUCCCCCAUCAGCUCCACACUUUGGUGGCAUAUGGGAGGCGGGGGUCAAAUCAAUGAAGUAUCAUCUUCAUCGAACGAUCGGAGACGCAUUGUUAACUUUCGAAGAAAUGACCACUCUUCUCGUACAAAUUGAGGCGAUACUCAACUCGAGACCAAUAGUCCCUUGCAGCGACGAUCCAGAAGACUUCAACGUUCUGACCCCCGGGCAUUUCCUUAUGGGUUGUACUCCCACUGUUGUGCCCGAACCAUCUUUACAAGACACGCGCCUUUCACGUCUUUCUAGAUGGCAACUCCUGAGGCAGAUGAUUGACAGUUUCUGGACCAGAUGUUCUAAAGAAUGUCUGCAGCGAUACCACUCCAUAUCCAAGUGGAAAAGAGAUUCUAAUUCGAUCGCUGAAGGUUCCGUAGUAUUAGUUAUCGACGAGAGAUACCCAUCAGCGAAAUGGCCUCUUGGGAGAAUUGUCUCGGUUCACCCAGGUAAAGACGGGUUAGUCCGGGUUGCGACAGUGAAAACACAAACAUCCACAUUAAAGAGACCGAUUGUAAAACUCUGCUCGCUUCCAAUUCCGAUUAACAGUCCUUAG